AUGAAAUGCCAACCGGUUGUGGACGAACGAUUCGUCAUGACGAACAAAAUGUAUCCUGCAUCUGUACGUAUCCAUCCUCGUUUAAUCGGAGAGGUAUUGGGUAUAGAUCCAUACCCAUCCGACUGCGAGAAGCACAACGACUUGAUCACGCGGUAUAGUCAUUACUCUCGGUGCAGCGCCGGAAGCGAUAACUGCUGCAAUAACAGCCGCCGGAGGAGCUGUGGACGCCGUAACAGUCAGCCGAUAAACGUCGGACGUUCGUCGAGGCCGGUGUUCCGGGACCAGAACGCCGUGCAAUCCGCCCAGCCUGUGCGCUCUGGGUGUCCGUGCCGGCCCGACCAGUCCAGGGUACAGGAUAGACCGGUGGACCUGUUUGGCCCGUCGCCGGCGAGGAUUUCUCGGAGCCGGCGCAGCACUUACGACGUGCAGCCGCCACCGUGUGGUGAUCAAAACGCCCGGCGGGGCACUUACGACGUGGAGCCGGAACCGCAGGGCAGCCGACGGGGCACUUAUGACGUGCCACAGCCGUGCGCCGCACUCCAGCAAAACGACCGGCGGGGCACUUAUGACGUGCCGCAGCCGUGCGCCGCACUCCAGCAAAACGACCGGCGGGGCACUUAUGACGUGCCGCAGCCGUGCGCCGCGCUCCAGCAAAAUGACCGGCGGGGCACUUACGACGUUGACGUGCAACCGCAGCCAGCGCGAACAUCGAACUGUGGAGGUUCGGGUGGCAGUACUUUCACGCUGACCGGCACCUUCCAGCUGCUGGACGGGUUCCAGGGACUGUUGCCUGGGCGGCAGCAACCGCGUGGUCAGUUGUCGUCAGGCAACAGGCUGCACGACACCGACGGCGACAUCAACGACUACCUCGACAAUCAUCAAGACUACGACAUGGUGGCGCCUCGGUGUGUGGCCGUGCCCGGUCAGCCGUACGUGGACAUCGACGAGUCAGACGCGAACACGACGCCUGACAAUUGGCGCCUGACGUUGGGCAACCGCAGCUCAGUGGGCUCGCAAGGAAUGGGCAUCCCGAGUCCCGUGGCCUACGACCACUACAGUGGUUCGCGGGACACGUCGGGACGGGGCCAGUGGCCGUCAAUCGACCGCCAGUCCAUGCCGUUUGGUCUCAACGAUUCGUUCGUCAUGAGCGGUGCGUCAACGCCGCGCGACCGCCAGUCGAGGGCCAGGUCCGCCGCCCCUGAGUGUGGCUCGUCGUCCCGCAACAACCGCAGGCGUGACACUUUCGACCGGAACACCCGGUAA